UCGGCGCGGGUACGUCACUUCCGGCGCCGGCACCGCACGCGCUCGAGGCCGCCGCCAUGAAGUCGAGAAAAAACACCAAGCGAGUUCCAAGCUUUCGCAAGUUACUGAGAACUAGUAAAAUAAAACUUGACAACAAAUUAAAGAAUAAACAGUACAAGCAGCAGAGUGCUGCUAAGAAGUACCGGAAAGAACAAAAGAAACUAAGGGAAGCUGUCAGAGAUGCUAUCUCCAGAAAACCUUUUCCACUGGAAGAAUGCAAGAAAAAACAAGUUGUUGAAAAACAUGAAGAAGAGGAAGAAGAGGCUCUUCCGCUGGACAUGAUGGAUGAAGAUGACUUAAAAUUAAUGGAAGAUUUGGCUCAAAAGGCAUCCUUUUUAACCAGAGAUCUUUCUUCUGAUGAACCUGUUCAUGUCAAAAAACGAAAACAUGAAAAUGUGAUGGACAAAUACGAGAAGGUGCCAAGACGCAUGCAGACUGAGCCAGAAAAAGAACUCAUCCAUCUGCUCCCCAUCAAAGACAAGAGUGGAAUUAUUCCCCAGACUAUGGAAAAGCCAGUUCUCAGUGUUGCACAGGAUGAAGAAGAGGAUACAGAAGAAAUGGAGGAAGCAGAGGGCUUUUCGGCAGAGCCCCUGCCCGUCCUCUCUCCCGAGGAGAUGGCUGCCCAGAGGAGACAGAAGCUGCAGGAGCGGAAGGUGCACAUCGCUGCCCUGGCCUCGGCCAUUCUCUCUGCCCCAGACAGCAACAUGAAAAAGCUGAAGGAGCUGCGUGCCAUGCUGAUGGAGCAGGAUCCCAACGUGGCCGUGAUUGUUCGCAAGCUGGUCAUGGUUUCUUUGAUGGAGAUAUUCAAAGAUAUCGUGCCUUCUUACAAAAUUCGGCCUCUAACUGAAGCAGAAAAGGCUACCAAGGUUAAAAAAGAAACUCAGAAACUGAGAGAAUUUGAAGAAGGCCUUGUGAGCCAGUAUAAAUUCUACUUGGAAAAUCUGGAGCAAACAAUCAAAGAUUGGAAACAGAGGAAGUUGAAGAAGAGCAAUGUCAUCUCGUUAAAAGCAUAUAAAGGGCUGGCAGAGAUUGCAGUGAAGUGUCUGUGUGAGCUGCUGGUGGCCCUGCCCCACUUCAACUUCCACAACAACAUCAUUGUCCUCAUUGUUCCGCUCAUGAACGAUGCAUCAAAAAUGAUUUCUGAACUGUGCUGUGAGGCCGUCAGGAAGCUCUUUAAACAAGACAAGUUGGGCUACGCUUCACUGGGUGUGGUUAAGGUCAUUUCUGGUCUUGUGAGGGGUCGAAAUUACGAUGUCAGGCCUGAGGUGUUAAAAGUAUUUCUUCACUUAAGAAUUAAGGAAGUAGAAUUACAAAAAGAUGCAGAAGACAUCGCACCAAAGAAAAAGUUCAUGACAUACAAAGAGAAAAGAAAAAACCUUUCAAGAAUGCAGAGAAAGUGGAGGAAAGCAGAAGAGAAACUGGAACGAGAACUCUUGGAAGCAGAAGCGUCAGAAAGUAAAGAAAAAAAACUGAAACUGCACACAGAGACCUUGAAUAUUGUAUUUGUAACAUACUUCAGAAUCUUGAAGAAAGCUCAGAAGUCUCCGCUUUUGCCGGCCGUGCUGGAAGGUCUUGCAAAGUUUGCUCAUCUCAUAAAUGUGGAGUUUUUUGAUGACCUGGUGAUUGUCCUUCAUUCUCUCAUUGCAUCUGGAGGUUUAAGCUAUCGUGAGAGUCUUCACUGCAUUCUCAGUGCUUUUCAUAUACUCUCUGGUCAAGGUGAUGUUCUUAACAUUGAUCCGAUGAAGUUCUACGCACAUCUUUACAAGACCCUGUUCAGCCUACAUGCAGGCCGCACCAACGAUGAUGUGGAGAUAGUGCUCCAGAGCCUGGACGUGAUGUUUGCCCGGCGGAGGAAGCAGGUGUCCCAGCAGCGAGCUCUGGCUUUCCUGAAGCGACUCUCCACGCUGGCUCUCCACGUCCUUCCAAACUCCAGCGUUGGGAUCUUGGCAACAAACAGAGUAUUCAUGCAAAUGUUCCCAAGGAUGGACCUCUUACUUGACAAUGAAUCCCAAGGCAGUGGGGUUUAUCUUCCAGAACUGGAUGAACCAGAGCACUGCAACGCCCAGAACACUGCUCUGUGGGAGCUGCACUUGCUGCAGAGACACUACCACCCUACAGUGCGGACGUUUGCAGCUCACCUCAGCGUUGGAGCUCCAGCUGAAGGCUCAGCAGCUCUUCCACUUGAUUUGAGCCAAAGGCCUGCUACAGAGCUGUUUGAGGCGUACAGCAUGAGAGGAAUGACCUUCAAUCCUCCUGUGGCGGCCGUGACACCCAGAAGAAAGGACACCUUCUCACAAAUGGAUGCGUUUAUAGAUGAAGAGCUGAACAAACAGCUUCAGCAACACACCACCCACACCACCACCGCGGGGCACAAACCCUUGGAUUUUGCCAAACACUUGAAGCAAUCAUCCCUGUCGUGACUGGAGCCAUCCAUCACCUUCAGUUCCUGCCUUAAUUAGGGAGAAACACCGGCUGAAAGAAGUUUCCACUCAUCGCUAAAGGAACUCAAGUACGUUUUUGUUUGAAUGUAGAAACACACACAGGUGUAACAAACAGCAGCUUUUCAGGCACGUUACAAAGGCCUCUGUCUCCAGGUACCCACCCAGCCCGUGGUCCCGGGGCUUGGGAACCACAGUGGACAGUCAUGGCAGUAAUUUAAAAAAGAUACAAAAACCAGGUCAUUCUAAAAUUGUUUGCAACCAUGUAUUAUAAUAUUUUUGUUUAUAUAUUUUUAUAACAGAAUAUAGUUGUGUUUCUGAGAACUCACUGGGUUGUGUUGAUAAAUUAAUAAAUAUUUUGGAAAUUUUAAUAUAA